UGUCAAACAACACAUAAUUUGAGAUGUUUAUGACAGUCAAAAAUGACAGAACUCAUUCAUGUCAGAUUUCAUUCAUGUCCAUGACUAUAUGUAUAUGAUACAGAGAAGCGCGCGCACAGGGAGAGAGCGAGCGAGCGAGCGCGAGGGAAUGAAGCAGGGCGUUCGUGUUCUCUCUGUCAAAGCUUUUGCGUUAAGAUCCGCCUGGUCACGCCUGCCGCAUCCAGCACAAACGGGAAUAGCAUUUCUCUCCCGUCAGGAACCGACACGCUUCCAAAAUAGAGUCAAUCCGGUUAAUUAUUUUAUCGAAACACCGAGGCCUGUGCUUUUUCCCCCUCCCGUUCCAGAGCCAGCGGUGUCGCCGUGUAUCUCUAUUGUAUGCAGCAGAAGAAUCCAUGACAGCCGCAUCUUCCAUUGAUCUGUUGAUAUCUGCUGGGAUCUUCUGCAUCCUUUACUACGACCAUAACAUCUGGCCGCGAUCACGGGCUCUUCUCUUUUAUAUUCCACCGAGUAUCCUGUUUUGCUGAAGAGAUUUUUUCUGUCCUACACACGGUGAAUGUAUAUGUGAACGCAGCCUUUUUUAUCCAUAUAUGCCAAACAGUGUUUUUAGCCGUCGUGUAUUUGUGAUUUAGAUUCGCUCCGCGCAGGCCGUGGUUUUAGUCACGGAUGUCCACGAUGGGUUUCUGCGCAAAAUGUCGCGGAUGUUGUUGAUUAUCGGUGUCGGAUUUAAACCGUUUUUUAAAUCGCUGUUCGAUUCGCGUGGACGGGGAGCGGCGCCAGGCGGGAAUUUGCGUCCGCGGCAAACGACGCAUUUGUUUUUGCCUUAACUCAUUUCACCCUUUUUUAUUACAAUGAUUAUUUUUUGUUUUCGAUGAAAAUCGUCUGUCUACCAGACAAGGAUCACCCUCUGUAUGGUCGUGGGAUUUUACGACAUAGUCUACAAUAUAUUUUUACCUCAGCUCGAUUCCUCAUCGUUAAUAUUAUUGUUGUUCAAGUGUUUAAUUUUCGAUGAAAACCACCAAUCAACCAGAAGAGGAUCACCCUCAGCUCAUCGUCUCAUUGCAAUACCCUUGACGAUCAACAGUUCAUCGCGUAAAGGCGACAAAAUACGCGCGAAUAGUCGAAGCGGUUCGACGUCGAAUCGACGGAUUUCUGUUGUGCUCAUAAUGACUAAUAAACCAAAGCGUUUCUCAUCUUCACUCAUGGAUGCUUUUUAUAUUGUAUGGUAAUUUGUCUUAUCGACAGGGUCAGGAGACUGUAUUCACAUUGGAUUAUAUCAUUCCCCGUUUUUAUUAUUCCUCCAGCGUGUUUAAGACUGAAGACAUUCUGUAAGGUGGAUUUUAAAUACCAUGUUUUUGGUCCAUUAUCGUCUGGAAGAUGGCAGCUGAUUAAAUUUUAAUCUUGAUGCAUUCUGGCGACACGGGAGGAGAAACGAGUGAAUAGGGGAGGAGAGGAGAGAGGAGAGGGAGAGGAGAGGAUGUAGGGUGGAUACGGGAGCACCAGAAGGUUCAUCUGACUUUACAGGGAGACUGUCCCGCCGCUUUCACCUUGUCCGUUCCUCUGUCGUUACCAUGGCGCUGUCACUGUGGUUACUGUGGAUGUGUCCUGUGUUGCUUAGCAACAUUGCUCCCUCCGAACAAGGUCUGAGCCGAGCAGCGAUGCCCUUCGGUCUGAUGAGGAGAGAGUUGGCGUGUGAGGGAUACCCCAUCGAGCUGCGCUGCCCAGGAAGUGAUGUCAUCAUGAUCGAGACGGCCAACUACGGCCGCACAGAUGACAAGAUCUGUGACGCAGACCCCUUCCAGAUGGAGAACGUGCAGUGCUACCAGCCAGACGCGUUCAAGAUUAUGUCACACAGGUGUAAUAACAGGACCCAGUGUGUGGUCGUCGCCGGGGCAGAUGUGUUUCCUGAUCCCUGUCCUGGCACUUACAAAUACCUGGAGAUCCAGUAUGAGUGUGUCCCUUACAAAGUGGACCAAAAAGGCACUCAUGAUACAGCAAUAGUCUUCGUUUGUCCCGGAACAUUAAUGCGAGUGUUGGAGCCCAGUUCUGUGCGGGAGGCGGAGCAUCAGUCGGGGGCGUGGUGUAAGGACCCUCUGCAAGCGGGCGAUAGGCUGUAUGUGAUGCCCUGGACGCCCUAUCGCACAGAUAUGCUGUAUGAAUAUGCUUCCUGGGAUGACUACAUCCAAAACAAGGUCACCACCACCUAUAAGUUGCCGAGUCGAGUGGACGGCACCGGUUUCGUCGUGUAUGACGGUGCUGUGUUUUACAAUAAGGAACGUACACGCAACAUUGUGAAAUACGACCUGCGAACUCGCAUCAAGAGCGGGGAAGCCAUUAUUGCGACCGCCAACUACCACGACACAUCGCCAUACCGCUGGGGAGGGAAAUCCGACAUCGACCUAGCGGUGGACGAACAUGGACUCUGGGUCAUAUACGCCACUGAAGCCAACAGCGGACGUCUGGUUGUUAGCCAGGUGAACCCGUACACGCUGCGCUUUGAGGGGACGUGGCAGACGAGCUUCGAGAAGCGCAUGGCGUCGGACGCGUUCGUGGCGUGUGGCAUCUUGUACGCCGUUCGUUCCGUGUACCAGGACGAUGACAGCGAGGUGGGCGGAGACCUGAUCCUGUACGCCUACGACACGCGCCGUAACCGCGAGGAGCCGGUGAGGAUCCCGUUCCCCAACCCGUACCAGCACAUCUCGUCCAUCAGCUACAACCCCAGAGACAACCAGCUGUACGUCUGGAACAACUACAUCGUCCUGCGGUACCCGCUGGAGUUCAGCCCGCCACAGCCCACCACAGAUCCUCUCUCGACGCCUCUUCUCUCCACCACUCCUCCGAAUGCGCUCUCCACCACGGUGUCGAUGGGCUUCAGCCCCACGUCCAUCCCGUCCGUGACCUUUCACCCGGUGGGAGCCAUAAACAGAGCUCCGGCAGGGCGGCCCAUCACAGCCACGGUCCCGGUGACCGUCAGGCCUCCCCGCCGACCGCAGGGGCCGCGCACACCCAUGUGCGAUGGCCGCGUGACCCGCGGGGUGCAGUGGCCUCCGACUCACCGAGGAGAAACGGUGGAGAGACCGUGUCCCAAAGGAUCCCUCGGUAUAGCCUCGUAUCAGUGUAUGGCAGAUGACGUGGUGUGGAACCCCAGAGGUCCUGACCUCAGCAACUGCACCUCACCCUGGGUCAGCCAGGUCGCUCAAAAGAUUAAGAGCGGGGAGAACGCAGCACAUAUCGCUGCUGUACUUGUCAAUCACACACGGGGGCGGGUCUAUGCUGGUGAUGUCACUUCCUCUGUGCGUCUGAUGGAGCAGCUGUUGGACAUUCUGGACUCACAGCUGCAGGCGCUCCGACCCGGAAACAAGGAGUCAGCCACACGCAACUACAAUAAGCUUCAGAAGAGAGAACGGACCUGCCGAGCGUUUAUUCAGGCGGUGGUGCAGACGGUGGAUAACCUGCUGCGUUUGGAGGCGCUGGAGUCGUGGCAGGACAUGAACGUCACAGAGCAGUCGCACACCGCCACCAUGCUGCUCGACGUCAUGGAGAAAGGAGCGUUUCUAUUGGCCAAUAACCUGUACGGGGGUCACUUCAGCGACCGCGCUCCCAACAUCGAUCUGGAGGUGUAUGUGCUCAACACUGAGAUGGAGCUGAAGGAUCUGUCGUUCCCCAACUCGUAUGACAGCGACAGCACCAUCCACGUGUCCUCGUCCACCAUCAAGCAGUACAGCCGCAACGGUCAGGUGAAGGUGGUUUUCACGCUCUACAAAAAUCUGGGCUCGUUUCUCUCCACUCAAAACGCCACGGUGAAGACGGACGGCGAGCCGAAGGCGGGAGGACACAGUCUGGCCGUCAACUCCCACAUCAUCUCUGCCUCCAUGAAUAAAGAGUCCAGCCGCGUGUUUCUGACCGAACCUGUCAAGUUCACACUGCGACACCUGCAGCUGGAGAACCACUUCAAUCCCAACUGUUCGUUCUGGAAUUACUCGGAGCGCUCGAUGACGGGGCAGUGGUCGUCGCAGGGCUGCAGACGUACGCACAGCAACAACACGCACACCACCUGUGCCUGCUCACAUCUCACCAACUUCGCUGUGCUCAUGAACCACCAGCAGCCCGCCUAUCCCGGCGGCGUUCAGGGUCUGAUCCUCUUCGUCAUCACGUGGGUGGGGAUGGUGAUCUCUCUGGUGUGUCUGGCUCUGUGUAUCUCCACCUUCUGCUGCCUGCGGGGCCUUCAGAGCGACCGCACCACCAUCCACAAGAACCUCUGCCUUACGCUCUUCAUCUCACAGCUCCUCUUCCUCAUCGGCAUGGAUAAAACACACUAUACUGUUGUGUGUCCGGUUCUGGCCGGUCUGCUGCACUUCUUCCUGCUGUCCGUGUUCUGCUGGCUCUGUAUGGAGACGGUGCAGCUGUACGUGCUGAUGGUGGAGGUGUUUGAAAGCGAGACGUCUCGUCGUAAGUACUACUACCUCUCCGCCUACGGCUUCCCCACGCUGGUGGUGGCCAUUUCCACAGCCAUCGACUACCGGAGCUACGGAGGACCCAAAGCCUGCUGGUUGAGGGUGGAUAACUACUUCAUCUGGACGUUUAUCGGCCCCGCCUCCCUCGUUAUCCUGCUGAACCUGGCAGUGCUGGUCAUCACCGUCCACCGUAUGCUGCGUCACUCCACCGUGCUGAAACCAGACUCCAGCCGCUUCGACAACAUCAAGUGCUGGACGGUCAGUUCUGUGACGCUGCUGUUACUGGUGUCUCUGACGUGGAUCUUUGGCCUCCUGUUCAUCAACGACAACAGCGUGGUGAUGGCGUACCUCUUCACCUCCUUCAACGCCCUGCACGGCAUGUUCAUCUUCCUCCUGCACUGCGCCCUGCAGAAGAAGGUGCAGAAAGAAUAUAGCAAAUGCUUGCGUCAAUCACCCUGCUGUGGCCACGCCUCCUCCACCAGUUCCCACGGUUCCCUCAAGAGCUCCGCCCAUCGAGGCAACAAUCGCUACUACGGCGGCAGCCAAUCACGGCACGCGCCAGCACAAAGACAGAGUCGCAUCAGGAGGAUGUGGAAUGACACUGUUCGACGGCAGACAGAAUCGUCCUUCAUGGCAGCUGAGAUCAACAACACACCCACACUCACCCGAGGCACUAUGGGUAAUCAUCACCUCCUAGCCAAUCCAAUGCUACAGACCCGCUCUGGCUCCUCCCCUUACAACACCUUAUUGGCUGAAACAUUCAACCCCCCCUCACCAGCAGUUUUCAACGCCACUGGCACAUUCAGAAACUCAAAGGGCACACUGUCACGCAGCCGAGAGUCAUGUGGGCUGGAGGGAGUUCGACUGAACGGAAACUACAACAACAGCUACUCGCUGCAUGGAGGGAGUUCGGAUCUGCUGGGGGGCGUUCCUGUGGGGUCAGGGGGCGUGUCUGGAGAAGUCAGCCCCGCCCUUUUGACACCCAGAGGGGCGGAGCCUGCUACCAGUUUGAGACGGAACCUUUCCGACGCAGCGGCGUUGGAGAAGAUGAUCAUAUCCGAGCUAGUGCAGAGCAACCUGCGGCCUUCCACCGAUCGAUACGGCAACGGAACGAAUUCGACAAUGCAACGGCAAGAUUACGCCACGUCGACGGGUCACCGAGAGCCUCCGCAGCGGCCCUUGCCCCGCCCACCUCCGCCGCCUCCGCAGGAUGAGGAGGAGCUGCUGUACAAAGCACUGGAAAAGCCACGCCUGCCGGAUAAACCUCGCCUACCGGAUAAACCCCGCCUUCCGGAUAAGCCCCGCCUCCUGGAGCACGCCCAAUCUGUGUUCUACCAGAGCGAGGAGGACUCGGAGAGCUUCUCGGCGGAAAUCACCGACAGCGUGGGCGGGGCCGGACCUGACUCCGCCUCCCUGUACGCACGGGACCGCGACUCGUCCUAUCCCGACAGUAGUCCCGAGGCGCUGGGGGCGGAGCCGCACCCCACCCUCCCGCCGGACGAGCUGUACUUCAGCGCGGGACGUCAAGCGCACAUCUCGGCCUUUUACCAGCCUCCGCCUCGCAGGACCAACGACGAGGCUCGGCUGGGACUGCAGCCCUCGCAGGGGGAGGCCGACGGACAGAUGCAACUGGUGACGAGUCUGUGACUAGGGCGCUGGUGACCAGGACACGCAGAUCUGGAGGAGGACAAUGAGGGUGGAUGACUUCAACAUCACCAUCAUCAUCGCGAUUAGCAUCAGGGUGAAUCUCAGUACGCCACUCCAAAUUCAAGACUUCUGUCUUUGUCGGUUGUGAAAUAUGAGCCGGACAUCUUUUUGUUGAGAUUCCUGCAUCAGUACAAUGAUAAACGAUUGUCGCUUGUCUUGAGAUCUCCCAAAAAGAGCAGCCUUGGGAGAACCCUGUUCAGAUGAUGAUGAUGAUGGCAAUGUUGGCUUCCUCCUCCACGUCUCUGUUUCCUGGUCACCCGCACACCCACCCUGCUCAUCUCACUGCCAUUCAAGCACAUCCGUCUGUCCUUUCCAAGAAGAAGAAGUCUUCUUAUCGGGUAGUUUUCCCUCCAUUUGUCCAUCCUCCAUCUCUUCCCUGCUGAGAAAAACAGUUUAAACCAGUUUGAGGUGGUUAUCCGUUCUCCUGGCCUGGUCGGUUUUGCUGGUUUUGAGUGGAAGACCAUCUGAAGACCACCUUAGGCUGGAUUAAGCUGGUUUUUCAGCGGGAUCUCUUUCGUUCAGGGUGGUGUGGUGUAUGAGUGUCAGACCUUUAUCAGAAUGUGAUACACCAGAGACCGCAGCUCUUAUACAUGCCAAAAAAUCACACACUUACACUCUUGGGGAGCGUCUGCCGUCGGGGUCACGCUCUCACCUUCAUAGAGGUCAAAGGUUACGAGUCGAGCACGUCGAGCGAGUCAACCUGACUGUUCUUUUUCGGCAGCCUUGCGGAUACAAGAACACUAACUGUUGCACCAAUCAUCUGCUUCGGUGUUGACACCGACCAAUCAUUUUGCCGGGUUUUGAGGACGUUGACGCAACGCUCCGCCCCUUCCUGUGCUUGAUCAAGGAUGUGAUGUUCAACGGCGGGCGGCCGAGCGACGGCCGCUCGCAAACUUCCUGUAAAUACGAACUGAGAGACGCGACAUCUCUGGACAUGCUUCUCUUUCACUUAUGAGUUUAUGGUUGAAAAAAGUCUUAAAGAAUAUGUAGAUGAUCUGAUGACACUGUCUCCUCUUUCGGUCUUUUUCUCACUCUGUCUCUUUCGGUCUUUCUCGCUCUUUCUCCGGGAGUGUUUAAUGUAAAAAGAUAAGAAAUGUUUUUUAAUCAAAAUAAAAGGGAUGAAAGCAAACA